CUCAGUCCCCAUCUCAUUCUCAAAAUCAAGUCCACUGUUCCAGCAUCCAAAUCCAAGCCCCCUCUCCUUUCCCCUUCCCGUUCCCGUUCGCAUCGCCGCUCCCCCGACCCCGACUCGCCGAGAUCCCGGGAGGAGAGGACGCGGGCGGCGCCAUGGACACCGAGCCCUUCGACGAGGCGGAGCUCCUGGCGCUCCCAGCGUCCCCCGUCGCGUCCCCGCCUCGCCGCCUCAAGCGCCUCAAGAAAUUCUCCUCCCAAACCACCGCCACCACUACCACUACCACCAGACCUCCUGCUGGCUCCCCGCCUCCGCCUCUGUCGCCACCGCCGCCUCCGGCUGUGGCUGAGGCGACGCCGGGCGAGGAAGCCCUAGCGCCGACGACGUCCCCUCCCCGCGACCCUUCCCCGCGCCCGCCGACGCCGCCAGAUGCGGAUACCGCAACCCCGCUACCGCAUUCCUCUCCCGCCCCCGUGCCGUCGCCGCUGCCGCCGACCAACAACCCAGAGGACGACAGCGACGAGGAGGACGACGGUCUCGACCCGCUGUUCUCGGAGACCGUCGCCGCCGGGGGGUGGGACCCGCUGGGCGCGCCGGCCCAAGGGGACGGUGAGGAGGAGGACGAUGACUGGCUUGGGUGCGGCGGUCUCAUGGAGGAGCUGCGGAGGGAGCAGAUGUCGGCGAAGAAGCGGCUCGACAUGGACGAAGCUGACGGGGAGGUGGCUUCGGGGGCCGGGGCGGAUGCGAAAGGGAAGAGGAGCAAGAGGAAGAGGAAGGAGGAGGCGCCGCCCAAGGAGUCGGCCCGGGAGAAGAAGCGGUCUGAGAAGGAGAGGAGGGCGCAGCUUGAUUCGAUUCAUGCUGAGUCACAGAGGCUGCUGCGAGAGACGAGGAGGGCCUCGUUCAAGCCAAUUGUGCAGCCAGUUCACAAGCCCAUCUCAUCUGUCCUGGAGAAGAUCCGCCUGCGUAAGAUGGAGGUUCUGAAGAAAUCACAUACUUCUAUUGAAGACAGCGAUGACAAUGAUGCUGCUCCAGAGCCAGUGAUCGAUUCUGCUGUGCAUUUGGAUGUGCCUCAGUCUAAAGAAGUGACACUUGAUAAAGAUUUGGGGAUUGAUGGCGCUGAAAAAGAGCCUGGAGCAAAUGGCCAUGGCCUUGAUCGGUGUGAUAGUGUUCAAGAGGAUGAUGAUGGUUUGAGUUGCAAGGAGAAUGAUCUCCAUAAUUGUGGUACCAAUGCUUUAGAUGAGGAAAUUUCUGAUCAAUUGCAAGAAAAUCAUGAGGAGAACACCCAGCCAAUUGAUAACCAUAACGAUUCGGUAGAUCAAACUCAACUGUCCCAUUCUUCAAGCCCUACCAAGAGUACAGAUGAAACUUCAUCAGAAGACGAAGAAGAUAAUGAUAAAGAGAACAUGGACCCAAGCACUCAGAAUAAUGAUGUACAUACUCGUGAACACCUCCAACGAGCCAUUGGAGGAGACUCAUGUCCAGGUGAUGCCAUCAUAAAUGAUUUUCUAGAUGAUGAAGCUGAGGAAGAGGAUGAUAGUGACAAUGACAUGAUGAGAUUUAAGGACAAUGAAGAAGAUGAUGGAAGUGAUGAAAACGAGGUAUUCAAUGAUCUAAUAGCAGCUGGCUAUGAAGAAAAAGAAGCAGAUAAUGAGAAGCGUAAUGAACUUCACCAAAAGUGGCUUCAGCAACAGGAUGCUGCUGAAACAAAUAAUGUUAUACAAAGGCUAAAGUUUGGUCAUCAGGAGCAAAAAGCAUCAGCAUAUGAAGGCGUAGACGAAGACGAAGAUGAAGAUGUAGAAGACUGUGAGGAAGGAUCACAGAAUGAAGAUUUAACUCCAACAAAUGUUGUGCGACAAAAUUCAGAGAAGGCAAAACAGAUGAUUGCAAAGAUGUUCGAAGAUGAUAAUGAUACUUAUGAGCACUCAGAUGAUGAGGAAAUAGAGGAGAAUUUGGCUCGUCAACGCAUUUCAAAGCGAGAUGUUGAUAAUACUACAUUCAUAUCCCCAUUAGAAGAUGACAGCUCAAGGGAAGUAUUUAGUCUAAUAAAGAAGCUCAAUAUUGCUCCUCUGCCUAAGAGGGGAGGAAAGCAAUCAACAUCAAAUCAUGAAAUGCUUAUGGCUGGAAGGAAUGACAGUGCUUCAAAGUCAUCGUUUCUUGGACGAACUGUCAGUGGUUCACUGGCAUCUUCUCAUAGAUCAGUCUAUAGAUCCUAUGUAUUUGGUCGUGAUGACAGCAAUAGCAGCAGUAGGAGCUGCAUUUCUACUUCAGAGAGUAAUUCAGACAUGGACCAGGCCAACUCCUCUCAACCCAAGAAGGCCAAAUUCAGUUCACAGCCGAAACCGGUUGGGGCAAGGGCAAAUCCAGAAUGUAAAACGAAUUCAGGUGUUACCCUCUUUGACAUCCUGCACAGGACUUCAGAGCAAAGCAGUCAGGAAAGCUGUAGCACAAUCACAGAAAGUCAAGCUGUGCAUCAGUUCUCGGCAUUCAAAUUAUCAAGGAGGUUUUCUAGGGUGGGCAACAAAAAUUGACAACUCCAGGAGGUACAAGACAGUUGGUGCCUGUAUGGUUGUAGAUUUUGAAUUCUGACCACCGGCCCGAUAGUGCAGGACGAAAGCUGUCUAGAAAAAGGCCUCAGGUGAGGCUCAUGAAAAAGGGAGAUGAGAAUGGCUCCUAGUUGCCAUUCAUCUUCGUGCAGUUAGUGUUGUGAGGGUGUGCUGUUGGAGCUUAUGGGUUAAGGCUUUGAGUUAAUUUCGAGCUUCAAAAUGUUGAAUAUAAAGACCUUGGAAGAGAUUCUGGAUUGCACAAUGACCAUGAGCGUCAGGGGUUUUCUGCAUGGCCGGGGACCGUGGAUGUUUCUGAACUGAGAAUGGUGAAACCUGGCCCUGCUGUAGAUUUUGAAUUCCAAAUCUUGUUCUAUGUGUUCUCGUAUGCUCUAGAGAAUGAACGCUGAAUUUGCUGAGGCUUAAAGUUGAGUGUAAUGUUUGCUUAUUCUUGCUGCAUUGGCUCUUAAGAUAGGAAGAUGUUGGAAACGCUUUUACCAAAAAACCAAAUGUAUGUUUUUUUUUUUGACAACAACCAAAUGUAUGGUUGGGACUCAAACGUUACCUGUAAGCAUACAUUUUGUACAUGGGUGCCUUCCAAAUAAAAACAGGGUAUCAAGUAUAUCUGGAA